AUGCAAGAGCUUCCUGCAGAGAUCCUCUUUAUGAUAUUUUCACAUUUUUCUGAUUUAUACUCUGAUUUAAUUUCCUGUGCACAAGUGAAUAGAGUAUGGCACGCCGUUGUAAUAAAGUUUUACUUAUGGCAUACCGCAAGAUUUUAUUCGUUCUCUACAUUCAUGCAUUUUCGAGAUGUUUUAGCAAGGAUCAAAUGGAAUAAGAGACAGAGAGCCAGGAACAACUGGAGGAGAAUAGUGAUGCAAUCCGUUAAUGGAAACAGUAAGGUCAACAUAGAUGCUACUAGAGCGAAUGAGAUGGAGAGCGAAGAUGAUGAUAGUCAAUGGACUUUUGAUGGUUGUAAUCCUACAUCAUUUCAUUCAACUUUUCCAUACGGCGCAUGUGUAAAAGUGCUGGAUUUGUCUAAUCUGCAGUCCAAGAACAAGCUUACUGACUAUAUGCUUGAUUCCCUAUUUGAAAGCCUUCCCAACUUGAUCGAAUUGGACCUCUAUAACUGUUAUACUGUGACCGAUAAAUUGAUUAAGAGACUGCCCAGCAGGUGCAGCAAGCUGCGUGUUUUAAAUGUUUGUGGGUGCUCCAAUUUAUCUCGCAAGUGUAUAAAAUACAUCAGUCGGAUAUUAUAUUUAGAACGUCUUAAUAUUGGCCUAUGUCCACUGAUGUGGGUUGAGAAGCUAAGCAUAGAAUUCGACUACCAUUGGAGCGAGCUUGUGAUGUUUGAAUUGAAGAACAGCCCGUUUGCGAGGGAAAAGGAUGUUCUAAAUAUCGUGAUACAUUCGCCUAAACUGAAGGAAGUCGUUCUAACGAUGGAUAUAUCGGGAAUAAGUUUGGCAAGAGAAAUCAAGAGAGCUGCUCCACAAGUAAACGUUGUAUUAAGAAGAUAG